CACGCGCUUCGUCCUGUCCUCCUCAAUUCAAUGGAUUCCCCACCGCCUCCUACGACUCCCUACGUCCACUCCUCCGCCGAGCCCCGCCACCGGAGCAAAUCCGCUUCCCUCCUCACCGCCUCCGGCGAGAACCAGAUCAUCCCCUUCCACGCCAGCACGCCUUCCAGCAAGCACCACUCCCCAUUGCUAUCCCCCUCUCCACUUCACGGCAUCGCCCCCCGUCCCCCUCCCCUCACUGCAAGCCCAAGGGGAGGCCCUCCGCCGUAGCUGUCGAGGAGGGGUCGCAGCGCACCAAAGCAGCCCCCUGCGGGAGACGGAAGAGCCCAGCCGCCGCGGCAAUGGCGCUGAUGGUGUGUGCGCCAUCGCCGAGGAGAUCACGGUGGUCCAGGAGGAGGCUGGAGAAGGACAUUGUCGGAGAGGAGAGGGGGCAGGAUGGUGAUGGCGUUGAAAAUGGGAGAGCGAGGAAGACGAGGCGGAGUAGAUCAUCCAAGGUCACCGAUAGCAAGGAAAGGUUGAAUCCUGUGCCCUUCCUGCCUGCUCCCUGUCCAGUAACCGAAUCGAGAGACACAGCAAUCAACUGCGAGGAUUGUCGCGGUGCCCUAGAUGGGAUACAAGAACGUAUCUUCGAACUUGUGAUGUGGAAAAAUGCAGCUAAAUCCACCUUGUGGUUCGGCCUAGGCACCAUGUUCUUCUCGUCUUCUUGUUUCUCGGAGGAUUUUAGCUUCAGCAUGGUUUCUGCAAUGUCUCAACUUGGCCUUGUAAUUUUGGGCUUAGCCUUUUUCAAGGAUUCCAUUCCUCAAAGGUUCAUUCCUUCAUAUCCUCUUGAGUAACUAAAAAAAGUCUCAAGUAAAUAUGCAGCCAGAAAAAUUUCAGAGAAAAAAUUAUAGAGGAAGACUUAUUACUCCAGACACACUUAUGACUUACGAGUUUCUACAUCAAUUAUGGAUACAAGAAUUAGACUCCAUUUCCUUAUUACCAUAAACACUUGGAAGACUUAUCCAACACUUACUUGAAGAAAAAAAAACUUUUAUCUUAACUACUUUUGACAGUUCUCCUCCUGAAUGACUCGCUACACAAACUAAACCAGUCAGACAUGUUAUUAAACUUGAUUUACAAGGACUUAAUUACAAUUACUUCCAUUUGAAGAUUAUCCCUCUCAUCCAGAUAAAGAAUGGUUCUCCCCAACACCUCUGUCCGAACAGUUAAAACAUUAGAGAAUAUCCCUUCAAGGAAGUGUUUGGCAAUACCACCUUCUAUGGGCUCCGUAGAAGAAGCAAACUUAAUCAACAUGAUAGAAAUCUGACAGAAGCACUAAUAUCACUUACUCCUUAUGACGGAAACACUGAGGUUAGCAAACUCAAUAACGUAAACCCUGAGCUCAUACAACACCGACAGACU